CAGACAACCUCGGCCCGAGGCCCUGCGUCUUCCAGCGCCGGGAUGCUCAAGGCCAGCUCUUCGCCCGCAGACAAAGGUGGGGACACAGGUGUGUCAGGUGAGAUGCCAGCUGUCCCCAUGUUCCCCGGGGCCAGUGACAAGGAUGGAAUCCUGGGAGCCCAACUUGGGGAACUGAAGGAAGCCUCUGCGGACAAAGGCGAGCUCGGCAGUCAGGACGGCCCGGAUCUAACGGCAGGUGAAAGGGAAGACUCCUCGUUAUUUCCUCCUGCAGCCAAAAGACGAAAAGUAAACACCAAAGCGGAGAAAGGGAGGAAGGAGAAAGUGGAUGAAGAGGAGAUUCAGAGGAUGAAAAUCCUGGUGUCGUCUUUGUGCGAGGAGCAGCUGAGCCGUUAUGAAGUGUGUCGCGGGUCAGCUUUCCCGAAGGCAACCAUGAAAAGUCUGAUCCAGACCAUAGCGGGCAGGUCGGUGCCCCAGAACGUGGUCAUUGCCAUGUCCGGAAUCGCCAAGGUCUUCGUCGGGGAGGUGGUGGAAGAGGCCCUGGACGUGUGCGAGGGGUGGGGGGAAACGCCCCCCCUCCAACCCAAGCAUCUGCGGGAGGCUGUUCGGAGGCUAAGCUCCAAGGGGCAAAUCCCCAACAUCAUGCGCAAAAAGAUCAUGUUCUUCUAGGCCAAAGUCACGAUGGGCCUGUCGGUGAAGGAACAAGUACUGGUUGCAGACUUCCUGUGGCCUCAGACUGUGCCGUGCUGCUUCUGUGUCUCAGUCCGCCGUGGAUUUACGUAGGAUUUUAACGUCUUUCUAAAAACUCUGAUAUUGGCCCCACCUAGAAAAGGCAAGCAGCCUGUUUGAUACUGGAUUUGACUUAGUAUCUUGACGUCUUAGGGCCUGUUGAGACAUUUCACUCUUUCUGAUUGGUUGGAUGAAGAAAGGC